AUGGAUAAUUUCAUAAUUGCUAUGAGUAGAUAUAAAAGAAGAAAAUAUGAUCAAGCAAUAGAAUUAUCUGAUUAAAUGAUAGAAUUAAAUUAAAGAGAUUAAGCAGCUUGGAUAAUAAAAUGCAAUUGCCUAAUUAAAAAAAAUUAUAUAGAUGACCUAGAAACAGAUGAAGAAGGAAUUGGCGAUAUUUUAUUAGAUGAAAAUACAGUUUCCUAAUAUGCUAGACCUGGUACAUCAUUGUAAAGACCAACAACAUCAAGUCAAAAUGGAUUAAAUCCAAUAUAAAGGCCUGUAAGUAAAUCAGGAAGACCUAUUACUGGUUUUGCAAGACCAGGAACUAAUAGAUUAUAAUCAUCAUCGAAUUAGAAUAGAAUAGAAACAGCACUUUAAGGAAAUCGUAUAGGUACAACACGUCCGAUAACAAGUGGCGGUAGAUAUAUGAGAUUAGGUACUGCUUGUUUAAUAGCUGACAAGGACAAUUUUUUAUAAAUAGAUAAAUUAGAUAUGAAAAAAAUUGCUAAAAAAGGUAUUUUAGCAUAAGCUAUUUGUAACUAUCUUCUUUAUGUCGAAAAUAACCCAAAAAAAGCUCUCUAACUUGCCUCGGAAUGUACACAAUUAUCUUAAUUUAAAGACUGGUGGUGGAAAGAAAGACUUGCAAAAUGUUAUUCUUAACUUGGUUUACAUCGUGAAGCCGAAAAACAACUACAAAGUUCCUUAAAAGAUUAAGAUAUAAUUAAAACUCACCUCCAAUUGGCCAAAGUAUAUAUUAGAUUAAAUCAACCAAUAACAGCAAUUGAAUGUUAUAAAAAGGGACUAUAAAAACAUCCUUAAGAAAUAUAAUUUAUACUAGGAAUUGCUCGUAUAUAUGAUUAAUUAGUGCUUAGUUUAGACAGUAGUAAUAUGGAAUCUGUAGCUUAAUUAGCCGCAAAUUAAUUUUAUAUAGACUAGCCUGAAGUAUCAACAAAAUUUUAUUAAAGACUAUUAUAAUUAGGUAUUAAUUAAGCUGAAUUAUGGAAUAACUUAGCUUUAUGCCUAUUUUAUGAUGGCUAAUAUGAUCUGUUUUAUUCAUGCUUUGAAAAAGCAUUAAUGUUAGCAGAUGAAAGCAAUAAAGCAGAUAUUUGGUAUAAUAUUUCACAUGUAUUUAUAAAUUUAGGGGAAACUGGAAUGGCUUAUUAAUGUCUCAAAAUUGCUAUUUGCUUUGAUCCACAUCAUCCUGAAGCUUAUAAUAAUCUAGGUAUAUUAGAAAUUAAAAAAGGGAAUAUUGAAAAAGGAAAAUAUGAACUAUAAGUAGCAAUGAAAGAAGGUGAAAUGUUAAUAGAACCACAUUAUAAUGCGGCUUUAUGGGCUUUUAAUACAGCAGAGUAUUAAGAAGCUUUGAAUUUAGUCAAUAAAGCGAUAUGUAUAUACCCAGAUCAUGAUGAUUCAAAGAAAUUGAAAAAAAAUAUAGAAGAUUUACUAAAAGUUUUAUGAUAAUACAAAAUUAUAAUAAAUAAAUAUAUAAAUAAUUAUAUGUUAUAUGUUUUCAUUAAUGUCAUGUUUUUUUAACUUUUUAUUAAAAUUUUAUUAUUAU